UUGUCUACACUGGCAAGUUUCUGCGCAGGAAAGCAGCUUUCUGCGGUAUAACUCCCAAAGUGUAGACACUGCCAAGCCACUUAGCAUGCAGAAACUGCACAGUUGCAGCACUUAAAAAACCCACCCUGACGAGAGGCGCAGAGCUUUCUGUGCUGGGGCUACAGCGCCACAGUGCCGGUGUAGACACCCUCGUUGCUUACAGCCCUGCAGUUGGCCUCCGGGAGGUGUCCCACAAUGCCUGUUCUCGCCUCUCUGGUCAUGGGGUUCAACUCUACUGCCCUGCCCUCAGGUGACCAACCGUGAGCCCCGCCCCUUAAAUUUCUUGGAAAUUAUGAAAGUCCCCUUCCUGUUUGCUCGCUGACAUGUGAAGUGGUCUCAGCACAUCUUUCCAGGUGGCCAUGCCUGCUCCACGCACUAGGCGAUCCCCCACUGGGAGCAAUGCCGAGCUGCUGGACCUCAUCAGAUUUGGGGAGGGGAGGCUGUCCAGUCCUAGCUGCACUCCAGCAGUAGGAAUUAUGAUACCUACAGACAGUUCACGAUGCAUGACAGAAAGGGGCCAUGACCGGGACACGCUGCAGUGCAGGGUCAAAGUGAAGGAGCUGUGGAACGCUUACCACAAGGCACGGGAGGCAAACCGCCACUCCGGUGCUGCGCCCACAAGCUGCUGGUUCUACAAAGAGCUGGAUGUGAUAAUCGGUGGUGACGCCACCUCCAUUGCGAAGGCCCCUGUGGAUACUUCAGUUGCUCACGGGCUAGUCGAGAAUGGACGGAGCCAGGAGGAGGAAAUCUUGGACGAAGAUGUGGAGGGGGACCCAGAGGCAGAGGACGACUCAGAGGUCAGAAGGGCAUGCAGUCAGGAGCUCUUCUUUACCUCGGAGGAGGCUAGCCAGUCACAGCUGUUGGAGUUUGGCAAAGCACAAACAGGAGAGGAGCCCCCUGAUAUGACCUUGGGAGCCCAGCCUCCCUCUUCGUUAUCGCUGGCUGAACUGCUGCGCAGAAUUAGAAAGUGGCCACGAAGAACUAAAGAGGACUUUCUGCGUGAUGUCAUGAUGCACUCCGCAGCCGAAAAACAGUAAUUGAAGGAGUGGCAGGACAGCAAGAAGAGGCACCGAAAGGAGAAUGCAGCGCGCCAGAAUGAAGCCACGGAGUGGCCCUUAAACAUUAUGGAGCGCCAAGCAGACACGCUUCAAGCACUGCAAACCAAGCAGCUCCGUGCCCGCCCUCCCCUGCAGCCGCUGUCACAAAACUCUUUCCCAUGCACCCUCUAGACACCACCAACACACUCUUAUCAACCUCCUGGCUCCAGUCUGUACCCACAGCAUUCCACUCCCCCCCCCCGUCACAGUCCAGCAUGGCGGACUCCCAGUACCCACUGCACUCAACACCCAUCCCUCUGCAGUUUAGCCCUCCUGAAGUACAGUACCCGCUGCACUGUACUCCAAAGGACAAGGCUGCAUAUGAUACCUGGACAUACACAAAUCUUUAACGUCCCUGGGACCUCACCUCCUCAUGGGGACCCUUCCUUCCCCUUCCUCCACCCCCCACAGGGCUGAUGUGUUUUUUUGU